CCCAUUCACACACUCUCUCUCCACAGUCCACACUGAUCUUCUCCAAAAUCUCCGACGGGGCGUCUGUAUCACUUUCUCUCCUAUAUCAGUUGAUGAUCAACUUUGAUUUGUUUGACAUUGAUGAUCUUUGAUAUUCAUCGAUUUUUAUAACUUUUUCGCUCCAGAUUGAUAUUGAUUAGCGGGGAUGACGCUAGGGUUGUUAUCGGCGAUUGGAAGAUCUUUCCGACGGAAGAGAGCGUCGUCACUUGAUAUUCUCUCCCCAAAACGAGCUCCAAGAGACUUCUACAAGGGCAAAAACUGCAAAUCUACUGGUUUCCACACCAAAAAAGGAGGAUAUGUUGUGCAGCCAGAUAAAUUGCCAAACUACGUGAUCCCUGAUCUGACCGGCUUUAAGCUGAAACCAUAUGUAUCUCAGUGUCCUGUCGAGGUCAACAAAACAACUGGGUCAACUGAAGCUUCCAAGUGAAGAAGUCGAAAGAAAUAUGUUCCGAGUCUUCAUGAGCUUAAGCAAUGUGUUCUGAGAAAUUCGUAUUCUGUCUUUAAUCCUUUUUGUUUUUUCAAUGACUUCAUGCAAGUUAUCACAACUUUUAGGUUAUGAUACAUAUAAGGAUUGCUUUAGAGCCGUCGAUCCAAAUCAAUUUCUAAUAAUAAGGUUGAACGAGUGUUUUCCAAGA